CCCCGCCGCGCCCUGCCCGUGUCCCCCCUCCGCGUGCGGGGCUUCUGGCCGCUGCUGACCGCGCUCUGCACCGCGCUCCUCUGCCUCUACCAGGCGCUGCGCGGCAGCGCAGCCGGCGAGGGCGCGGGGGGCCCGGAGGACGCGGCGGCGGAGGCGGCGGGGUCCGGGCUGCCGCUACUGAAGGGCUCGGCGCUGCUGCUGCUCGGCUGCCUGCUCGCCCGCUGCUACGGCGCGGCGGGCGGCGGCCCCGGGCGCGGCGGGGCGCGGGGCGCGGCGGGGGCGCGGCGCGGAGCCCUGGAGCGGUUCCACGCGCGGCAGCUGCGGGUGUCGCCGCACGUGCUGGGGCACAGCAAGGCGCACGUGGGGCGGGUGGUGGCCGAGCUGGUGCGCGCCGCCAAGGCGCAGGGGCUGCAGCCCGGCCCGCUGGCUCUCAGCCUGCGCGGGGACUUCGUGCGCAUCGGCAGCGCCUACGAGCAGCACAAGGUGCGCAGCCCCGACUGCUUCGACAUCCUGGUGCCCCUGCGGCUGCCGCCGCACCUGGAGCCGCAGCCGCGCUGCGCUGACGGGCUGGGGCCGUGCGGCGCCUUCGUCUGCGGCCUUCGGGCGAGGGACGGCUGGACACGACGCUGCCGGCCCUUCGCCGAGGGCUUCUGCGUGGAGCUGCAGGGCCGCAGCCACCUCUCCUCGGGGCUGGUGCUGCGCUGGUUCCAGGGCCAUCUGCAGCGGUGCCUGGGAGCCGUGCGCUAUCGGCUGCAGGAGCGGUGCCGCGUCAGCCUCUCGGCGUGCCCGGGGCAGCCGCCCACGCUGCACAUCCUGCCCUGCUCCGACUACGUGUGCUGCCACAUCUCCAUGGCCGUGCGCCUCAUCCCAGCCAUCCCUCUCGGCGACGCGCUCUACCUCACAGCCCUGCCGCCCGAGGGCCCCCACGGCUCCCCGGUCCCCGAGGCGCUCUGGGGCCUCAACGCCUCGCGGCAGGAGCAGCGGCUGCUGGGCUGGCUGAAGGAGCAGGCCCCGGCCGCCUCCUGCCACCUCAAGUGCCUGCAGAUCCUCAAGGGCCUGCGGGACCUCCGCGGGCACGGCCUGGAGGAGCCCUUCUGCUCCCAGUGGGGCCGGGUGCUCUCCUCCUACGUAUUGAAGACGGCUCUCUUCUCCCUGCUGCUGCAGGGGCCCUUGGAGGCCUGGGAUGAGCAGUUCCUGGUGGAGCGGCUGGAGGACCUGGUGCUGUACCUCAGGGACUGCCUGCGCAAGCAGGUGCUGAUGGAUUUCUUCCUGGGCAACACCGGCCUCCCCGAGGCCGUGGCGCUGCCCCGGUUCCUCAAGGAAGCCGCCCCCGUGAACUUGCUGUCUGCUUUUGACGGGCCCACGCUGGACCUCGUGGCCUUCCAGCUGAUCAGCACAUGGGUCCAGGCCCCGCACAUCAUCAGGAUGUACAGCAGCCCCCGGUACUGGCGCCCGGUGCCCACCCCGUGCCGCCACAGCGCUGAGGCCAAGCGGGAGCUGCCCGCAGGAGAGUGAGCUGGGAGAGCUGCUGGCACCCGGGACUCUCCAUUGCACACUCCAGACUCGCUGGUGCUGGGAGAGCUGCUGGCACCCGGGACUCUCCAUUGCACACUCCAGACUCGCUGGUGCUGGGAGAGCUGCUGGCACCCGGGACUCUCCAUUGCACACUCCUGGCUCCCUGGUGCUGGGAGAGCUGCUGGCACCCCGGACUCUCCAUUGCACACUCCUGGCUCCCUGGUGCUGGGAGAGCUGCUGGCACCUGGGACUCUCCAUUGCACACUCCAGACUCGCUGAUGCUGGGAGAGCUGCUGGCACCCGGGACUCUCCAUUGCACACUCCUGGCUCCCUGGUGCUGGGAGAGCUGCUGGCACCCCGGACUCUCCAUUGCACACUCCAGACUCGCUGGUGCUGGGAGAGCUGCUGGCACCCGGGACUCUCCAUUGCACACUCCUGGCUCCCUGGUGCUGGGAGAGCUGCUGG